CGCCAAAAAUUAGGCCAAACUUGGCUUAUUCUUCAAUGCCUACGGUACUCCAAUUUACUACCAUAUAGCAUAGUCUGCAUAGAUGAUGCCAUCAAAAGCUUUCUAUAAUUGACGUGAUCAUGCCUAUCGAUUAAUGUUUAUGCCAGACGAUUGCUGCCAACUUGACAGUUGACACGCUUGUGAGUGACCUUGGGAAACGUUAUCGUUGCGUAGCAGCAGCGCGAAAUUCGACACUAUCAACAAAUGAUGAGUCGUCAACAAGUGACCGUGAAACUCGUGCUGGCAUGCAUUGGUCUUGUUGCUGUUGGACUAGUGUUUGUUUCACUAAAAAGCUCAUCUCCUGAAUCAAGUUCUACUUCUAGGUUUGCUGCUCUGAAAGUAAACAAACAACUUGAGUCAGACUCUUCACUCACUGGCGAUUGGCGACUUACAAACAUGAUGGCUGGAGAGAUACCAACUGCCAUUACUAAUCUGGCUAAGGAGAUAAAUGUCUUCUCAGGAUUCUUACAACUGCCUGAAGACCUGAAGGUCUUCUACCAAGGCUGCGUGCCUGCUGCUGCAGCUGACAAAAGCAAGUUUGUUCUGCUGCUGCACGGCGCCGCCUUCUCGUCACAGAACUGGCGUGAUAUUGGAACUCUCAGCCUACUUGCCGCCAUGGGCUACACUGCCGUGGCCAUCGAUAUUCCUGGUUACGGUAAAAGUACAGGAACUGCCGUCCCGUCAGCUAGCUUCGUCCCGUCUGUGGUGCAGCAGCUACAGCAAGUCUCUCAGCUGCAGCACUGCACUCUAGUCCGCCCCAUCCUCAUCUCCCCCUCCAUGAGUGGGCAGUACAGCGUACCCCUGCUAGUGACCGAGGCUCAGGAUCCCUCUGGUGACCCGUACCUGGGGGCGUAUAUCCCCGUAGCUCCUGUUGCUACAGAGCAGCUCACCACGAGUCUCGCUUCUGCAGUCAGAACACGGACUCUCAUUCUACGCGGUGAAACUGAUAAAAGUCUUGGGUUGAAGUCGGUUGAAAACCUGAAGCACAUCCCUGACAGUCUGGUUGUGGUCAUUCCUGAUGCUGGGCAUCCUGCGUACAUCAACCAGCCCCAAAUAUUCCACAACAUCCUGCAUAAUUUCCUUAAUAGCCUCUGAAUGCCGAGGCUAUUCCUUCUCUCCACUAGACGCAUUUGAUUGCAACUAAAGUCAGCGGUCAAAUCAAGGAAUCUCACUUCUCACCUUAUAAUAGUGGAAGUUUCGAGUUGAAAGCUCUCUUUAUUCGCCCCAAAAAGGUGACAGAUCCAGCAGGUUCAGAAAGUUGAUUCAGUUGCUAUUGAAGUUUAUGUUGUAGUGCAAUUUAACCAAAGAACAAUUUUUCAGGCUGAAAUUAUUUAUCAUAAAUGUGGCUACAAUUGCUUGUUCGAUCCUGUCGAUAGACGAAUUUAGAGUUACUAUAAAUAAAGGUUGGUAAAUAUAUUCUGUCAAUUCACUGGUCCUCACUAGUGACUGUUCAUUUGUUAUAGACUAGCUGAAAUGAACUAGUGUUCAGCUUGAUUUUAUCGAUUUUACGCGAGGUUAUAAGAAGGCAAUGGUAAUCCCUGAUGGAAUGAAAAGGUGCUUUUUAUUUUUAUUACCUGCAUAUUAACAUAUAUGGUGAAUUCGUUGCUUUUGUUUUGUGCUUUCACUCGUCCUUAACUGACUUACUCAUGAAACGUUUCUUGAAAAGACAUCUAAUUUUACUUUCGUAUUAAUCGAAGUGUCGUUGAUAAUCAGAUUUAAAUUGAGGACAACUGUUAAUGUUAGAGCAUUCUAUUGAUCAUGUUCAUAUAUUCCCCUGUUUUAGCUAUAGUCUCGUUUCACGUUGAGUCUCUACCGAUAUCCGACAGGUUCUUGAAUCAUUAUACGCUUUUUUCGUGUCUUUGCUUGCAUAGAGUUCAUAAAGUUUUGCUUUCAUCAUUUCUUGUCAUUUAUCACGGUUUUUUCCUGCUAGAACAUGUAUGUAAGAUUUAUACAAGAAACUUUUAAUCCGA